UCUCAUGGACACACCCCAUCGCUGGCAAUAUGUUGACGACAGCAUCUUGGGCGUCCCCGUUAACAACAGGGAUCCAGACUUUGCACCUCUUCAAGCGUCGCUCGACAACCUUAAGGCAUGGACGGUUGACAACAGUGCUACUAUGAACCACACCAAGAGCAUGAUGAUGCACGUUUGCACGUCCAAGAGAGAUGUGCCACCUCCGCUGCUGUCAAUUGGCUCACACCACCUCCAGGUUGUCCAGUUCACCAAACUACUCGGCAUCACUGUGGACAACCAGCUCCACGUCUCCAACGCCGUCAGAGCAGCCUCCUACAAACAGUACAUGCUGCGUAGACUUAGGACGCUGGGGGCACCGGCUGCUGAGCUGUGCAGUAUUUACUCAUCAUUCAUACUGCCAAAGCUCAUGUAUGCCUCCCCGGCGUGGUCAUCGUCCCUUACCCUCACCCAACAACAGCAGCUUGAGAGGGUUCAAAAGAGGGCAUUCAGGGUCAUUUUAGGCCCUGACUAACACACCUACGACAAUGCCCUGACCACCCUGAGUCUCCCGAGGCUCUCUGACAGGCACCAGGACGCCCUCAGAAAAUUCGGCAUCUCCCUGCUUCACCAUCCUCGCCACCGCCACCUCCUGCCACCC